AUGAUGCAGAUGCGAAGACCGCCACGGGUUUCGAUGAGUCGCUGCUUAGGGGUUUUCUUAUUUAUUGGGUGCUUUCUGGUGCCGGCUUCUCUGGCGAGAUUCAUCGUCGAGAAGAACAGCCUGAGAGUGACAUCGCCGGAGAAGAUAAAGGGCACCUAUGACACUGCGAUAGGCAAUUUCGGGAUACCUAAAUAUGGGGGUAGCAUGGCGGGUGUUGUGGUGUACCCAAAGGACAACAAGAACGGCUGCAGGGAAUUUGCGGAAUUUGGGAUUUCUUUCAAGUCCAAGGCUGGAGCCUUGCCCACUUUCGUUUUGGUGGAUCGUGGAGAUUGCUUCUUUGCGCUAAAGGUUUGGAAUGUUCAGAAAGCAGGGGCUUCGGCUGUCUUGGUUGCUGAUGACAUUGAUGAAGCAUUGAUAACCAUGGACACACCUCAAGAAGAUGGUUCAUCGGCAAAAUAUGUUGAGAACAUAACAAUACCUUCUGCUCUUAUUGAGAAAAGCUUCAGCGACAUACUGAAGAAAUCACUGAGCAAUGGUGAUAUGGUGAAUGUAAAUCUUGAUUGGAGAGAAGCUGUUCCUCAUCCUGAUGAUCGAGUGGAAUACGAGUUGUGGACCAACAGUAAUGACGAAUGUGGUGUCAAAUGUGAUAUGUUGAUGGAGUUUGUGAAGGAUUUCAAAGGUGCUGCUCAGAUACUUGAGAGAGGCGGCUACACUCAGUUCACUCCUCAUUACAUAACGUGGUACUGCCCACAGGCAUUUACGUUGAGCAGACAGUGCAAGUCACAAUGUAUAAAUCAUGGGAGAUAUUGUGCUCCUGAUCCUGAACAGGAUUUCAGUAUUGGCUAUGAAGGGAAAGAUGUCGUUCUCGAGAACUUAAGGCAACUGUGUGUUUAUAAAGUAGCAAAUGAGACUCAUAGACCCUGGACAUGGUGGGACUAUGUAACCGAUUUCCAGAUCAGAUGUCCAAUGAAAGAGAAGAAGUACAACAAGGAGUGUUCUGAUAGUGUUAUUAGAUCUCUUGGACUUGAUAUGAAAAAGAUUGAGAAGUGUAUGGGAGAUCCAGAUGCUGAUUCUGAUAAUCCUGUUUUGAAAGAAGAGCAAGAUGCCCAGGUUGGCAAAGGAACUAGGGGUGAUGUAACUAUACUGCCUACUCUUGUUGUCAACAAUCGACAAUAUCGAGGAAAGCUGGCGAAAGGUGCUGUUCUGAAAGCCAUAUGUUCUGGUUUUGAGGAAACAACUGAACCAGCUGUUUGCUUGACUGGCGAUGUUGAGUCAAAUGAAUGCUUAGAGAAUAAUGGUGGUUGCUGGAAAGAUAAUGUUGCAAACAUCACUGCUUGCAAGGAUACAUUUCGUGGGAGGGUAUGUGAAUGCCCCCUUGUUGACGGUGUGCAGUUUAAAGGAGAUGGAUACAGUCACUGUGAAGUGAGUGGACCGGGAAGGUGCAAGAUAAACAAUGGUGGAUGUUGGCAUGAAUCUCGAGAAGGACAUGCAUUCUCUGCCUGUUUGGAUGUUGAUGGGGGUAAAUGCCAGUGUCCUUCUGGAUUUAAGGGCGAUGGCAAAAAUAGUUGUGAAGAUAUUGAUGAAUGCAAGGAAAAGAAAGCAUGUCAGUGUGCUGAAUGCAGCUGUAAGAAUACUUGGGGAAGUUACGACUGCAGUUGCAGUGGAGGUCUGCUUUAUAUUAGAGACCAUGAUACCUGUAUAGGUAAGGCAGCGGCUAGUAAUGAAGUGAGGUCUGCAUGGGCUGCUGUUUGGGUAAUCUUUAUUGGCUUGGGAAUGGCUGCUGGUGGUGGAUAUCUCAUCUACAAGUACCGAUUGAGGUCGUACAUGGAUUCGGAGAUCAGGGCGAUAAUGGCACAGUACAUGCCUCUGGAGAGUCAAGCAGAAGUGCCGAAUCACCUCGGUGACCAACACGCUUGA